GGGAAUCAGUUGAUAGUAAACAGUCGUGUGGUAGGGCUGUGUCGCUCUGAGGGCUCAGCUGGCAUCCCUUGACAGUGCUCGUGACUUGUUAUUGUGUCCUGAACCGUGUAUUGAUUGUGAUUCACGCCUCUGCUUUGGAUUCCUACCCGGAGGCGGCUCAGAAGGUGACGUCCCCGCUCGCCUGGUGGACUUUUUGCUGGUGUAGAAGCGCAAGGUGAGGCUGUGAGGCGCUGGGUGGCGUGACUCUACAGAGGCCAGUGAAGGGGAGAGAAGUGUGUUGGGCAGCAGCUAUGUCACACUGACGCCACACAGCUGACAGGAGAGCAAGAGGCCCACACUCCCUGAGGAGAGCAGCAGCAGCAGCAGCAGGACAGGUAGGCAGGUGGCAGGGCAGCUUGGCAGUGCACCACCACCAUGUCUCACCACAGCGAUGAAAACGCCAUAUACACCUCCACAGACUCCUUCUGGGAGAUUGGUAACUACAAAAGAACGACCAAAAGAAUCGAAGAUGGCAACAGACUUUGCGACGACUUGAUGAAACUCGUGUCGGAGAGAGCGGAGAUUGAGAAGAUGUACGCCAAGAGUCUCAAGGAAUGGGCAAAGAAAUGGAACAACAUUAUAGAAAAAGGUCCAGAGUAUGGCACGACAGAGGCGGCGUGGAAGGGAGUGUUGAUGGAGGCUGAACACCGGUACGAGCUGCAUACCCACGUCAAGGAGAACCUGAUGAAUGAAGUGCACAGCAACAUCAAACAGUGGCAGAGAGACAACUAUCACAAGUCCAUGAUGGGCCAGCUAAAGGAAAAGAAAGACAUUGAGGACUUGUUCAAGAAAGCACAAAAGCCUUGGGCAAAACUCUUUGAGAAGGUCAACAAGUGUCGGGCAGACUACCACAGUGCCUGUAAAAAUGAACGAUCGGCCCAAAACCAGGAGAGGAACGCCGGUGGAGACUCUUCUCUCUCCCCAGAUCAGGAACAUAAGAAAAACAGCAUAGUAGUUAUGCACAACAAUAUGAAGAUGAAGAAACUGACGGACCGAGUUUCUAAGGCCAAGGAAGAGGUGGCAAGAGGGAAGGAAAAGUAUGAUGCAUCUUUGAGAGAAAUAUCAGAUUUUAACCCUAAAUAUAUCGAGGAUAUGACUCAUGUAUUUGAAAAAGCACAGGAAUCUGAAUCAAAAAGGUUAAUAUUCUUCAAGGAUAUGCUCUUCAGCACCCACAAAUGCCUCAAUAUAUCAAAUGAUCCCAGUUUGCCACGGAUUUAUGAAGAGUUCAACCACACCGUUGCCAAUGCCGACUACGAGAAGGAUCUGAAGUGGUGGAGCAACAACCACGGCGUCAACAUGCCCAUGAACUGGCCGUCCUUUGAGGAGUAUUCUGAAGAAUUCCGCGACAUAAGCAGCAAAGGCAAGCGCAGCGGACACAUCCCUGAGGGGGCCAUCACACUGCUGAACCAGCGCACCGUGGGAGAUGACCUGCCAGAGUACACACCUGACCUACAACGCAUCAGCAAGAAGACAACCAAAGGGGCGGUGAGCGGCGGCGGCGACGUCACACUCACGGCCGUCAAAGGAACCUCCAACAACACCUCUGCAACCUCUAAAUCCUCAGACAAUAAUCGACAUUCAGCCGUCAGCGACCCACAGGAGUCACAGGAAGCACCUAAUGAGGAGGACGAUCCACAUAGUCAAAACAAUGGUGUGAGUGGUGGUGACGAUGAUGAGUGGGACUGCAGUGAACGCACAUUUGAUCCCAACAAGCCUGGCGUUCCUGUCCGAGCCUUGUAUGACUAUGAAGGGGUGGAGGCAGAUGAGCUCUCAUUUAAAGUUGGGGAGGUAUUUGACAAGUUGGAAGAUGAAGAUGAGCAGGGGUGGUGUACAGGCCGCAAAGAUGGCCAUGUAGGUCUGUACCCAGCUAACUAUGUGGAGUUGAUCUAAGGAUGCCACCAUCGUUGACCAGAGGACUCGACUCCAGGAUGUGUGAUAGACAUAAGUACCCGUGCAGUCACAGGAUCCUAUAUUAGGGGGAUUUGUACACUUCAGUGGAGUGAGUAUAUGUACUUCAAUGGAGUGAGUUACUGUCUACCCUGAGAGUUUGAAAGUUAAGCUAACUUGUUCAGGUCUUUUGAUUCUCUGUCUAUCUUACACUUGACUUCACAUUGAGAACUCUUAAUUAACCUGCUGUGUAGCCUGUGAUGUAGAGAAUAUCAGUGAAAUGUGUUAGACUCACCAUAUGGCUUACCAUUGUAAAAGUACAUGUAGAUAAGUAACAUUCUGCAUAUUUUUUCUAGUGUAUUACAUGAAAUACAUCAUCUGUACCAGGUAUGUCCUAGCAGAUUAUGGGAUCAUAUGUUGUAUGUACUGUAUAUUAUUAAUGUGAAUGAGAAUGCUUGAUACUGGCAACUAGUAGGUAAGUAUAUUCCAAAUAUAGCUCUAGAACAUCCGUAAAGGUAUUUGGAAUAAUGAUUCUCUGGGGAGUAUGAUUCUGCAUUUUAUUGUAAUUAUUAUUAUUAUUAUUAUUAUUAUUAUUAUUAUUAUUGUUAUUUUACUACUUCUACUUCUACUACUACUACUACUACUACUACUACUACUACUACUACUACUACUAUUACUACUACUACUACUGUCAUUAUUAUUGAAUAUUGUUUUUAUACAGAGUAUAGAUUCCAUUUGUGGUGUCAAUUCCCUCCCCCUUUUUAUUAUUAUUAUUCUUUUUUUGUGGGGGGCAACAUUAGCAGUCCCUUAAAUAAUGGCCAUGCUUUCCCCUGCUAGAAUUUUUUUUUUUUUUUUUUUUUUUUUCCCAAUUAUUAUGAGCCUUAUGUUUUAUAAAGACAUAUUUGUAUGUAGUAAAAUUCUUUAAAUUUCCAAUAUAUGUGUAUUUUUACAAAAAAUCUAUCCUUAUUUCCAUGUUAAUGAAAUUUGUUAAUGAAUAUUUGAAUUGCCGAAGCUAUAAUAGUUGAAUAAGUUCAUAUAAUGAGUAACAUACUUUUAGUGAAAUAUUAGGUUUACUUGAAUGUAUAAUUGAUGGAAGGAGUUAUAUAAUAUAUGAGAGAACAGCAGAAUGGCUAACCAAAUUUAGCAAAAGAUAAGUGUUUUUAUGCUCAUGCCACUUGCAAACACAGGAGCCAUUCAAGUAAGGAAGCCUUUCUUGACUUGUAUAAAAUAAUUCCAUCUCCACAUUUCUAUCCAGUGCUUCUGAUUGCAUUUGGUAUAACAGGAUUAACCUUUGUGGAUGUAUCAUUCACACUCUUGUCACACCAGUUUUCAAGUGUUGGGUUGGAUCCUGUACAUUUUCAAGCAUUGGGCAAAAAACAGGACAGUAUUAAUUGUUCAAAAGAUGGGAGAGGUUCCGGUAGCCACUGCUUGCGGUCACGUUGUAGGGAGCACUGCAGGCAGGGCCGCUGCUCAGGACAGGCUGUGUCCUGGUAAUGAUGCAUAUAUAACGAAUGUAUAUAAAUAACAUUUGUUUAUUCCAGUAAGUGACAUGUACAAUGUACAUAAUGUUAUCUGCAUGGUGUAGGACUCACUGUUAUGUAAUCACUUAGAUGUUUCAGCCUUCCUCCUCACUUAUGUAUUCAUUUUGAUAUGAAAAAUUCCUGGUAUUUGUCACCACCAUGUACAGUUUCUUGAUACUUAUAUGCGUUAUUAAGUUCUAAACAACUGUUUCUUAGCACUGUUAAGUUCUAGAUUGAGUCAAAUUGAAACAUCUUUCAUGCCAUCUGUUACUUCCCUAUUAAUAUCAUAUGAGAAUAUGUGCAUACUGAUGACCAGAUAUUCACACUUUUAAAUAUACCACAAAAGUUAUUUUGGGGAGGAAUUAGUAAUAGAGAUGCCUCAUAGUGUUGAAUAUUUUUCAAAUGAGGAAAGAUCCAUUGUGAGAAUCAGUGUACAGAUCAUAAUAUUUCAUGUCAUUGAAGUACAGCUUAUUUGCUUCUCCACUUUCCCAGCAUCUCUUUAAUUAUUGUUUGUGUCAUUGCUUGUCUUGGAAAUGUACUGAGCUGCAAGUGAAAUUUCUGGACUUGACUUCAACUAUAACCAAGUAACACAAUUUAUUUGAAUUAAUUGAAAGUAGCAAAGUAUUCUUCUCAAUCUGGCAAGAAUUCUUUACAGGCUCAUAACACCAUUGAUUACUUAAUAAGUUCAUAAACUCUUAUCUGCUACACUGACUGCGUAAGAAUCGUGCAUGAAUACACAUGUAUGGCCAAGGGGAAGGGGAUUCAUGUUCAGAGUUGUACAUUAUGUGUAGAGCACUAAAGGUGGUCUGUCUGUGUACUCGUGUCCUUACUUGUCACUUACUGAGCGGGGCUUUGUAUUGUGUUAUGGGUACAAUAAGAGUCUUUUAAGAGUGGCAGUAAUGCACUUGUAAAACUUAUUUCUUUCUUCAUCCGGAAAAUAACGACAAAGUUAAAAAGUUCAGUCAGAGUCCCUUUUCUGUACAGUUCUAACCAGGCCUCCCUUAAGGCAUAUCUCACUCUGGCUGCCACUACUGGCAUGACACACCAACCUGAUUUGUAGGUCACACACUUGUACAUGUGUAUUGUUUAAUCAUUGUGUAAUGUCACCAGAUAUUGUGUCUUGUGUUGCAUUAGAUUAUGAAAAUGAAAGCCAUGUAUGAUCUUCAAAUUCAUUACGUUGUGCCGAUCUUCGUUUUCUGUUGAGUAUUUUUUCGAGUGAUGUGGAUAGGAGUUUUGUUUUAUGGAGAUUUUCCUUGUUAAUUUUGUUCUCUCUGCCCAACAUUUCCUUUGAUUUGUUCUUGUAAAUAUACUAAAUAUAUUAUUUAAUUACUCAGGACAUUUUAAUGCUCCUGAAUCAUCUAAUGUCCUUUCAGAUGUCUAAUUUUAUGUACAGCCAUUACUGACGUUUAUCUUUUGAAGUGGACUACACCAUCUUUCAACAGAAGCACCUCCUGAGGUAUAAUCCUACAUAUCAUACAUGUCACUUUGUUAAAAAUGAAGAAACUGCUUGUAUUAAAUCACCAUUUAGGCUCCAAAUAGUUACUCAGGUGUUAGUUUUGAUUUUUAGUACAAAUUAUUUAAUAUUUGUUGUUUUUAGCAAUAACAAUUUAAAUCAAAGUGAAAAAAAUCUGAUCUCUCAUUUUGAAAGACAAUCUUUCUACCGAUUGCAGAGACGACUGUAAUACAUUGCCCUGAGAAUAUUGGAAAUACUCCCUUCAGUAUAGUUUCAGCAAUAGAUACUAGCACCAAUGAAAUAUUCUGAGUAUAGGUCAAUAUUUAUUUGCCAAACAAUUGUGUUUAAAUCCUCUUGAUAAAAUAGAAUCAUUAUGUUCUUAAUUUUUCUUCUUUAUUUACUGUCACCUUGUCUUAUACUCCAACUAUGAGUAUUUUUCCUGUAACAAUAAACUCUGUGGUGAACUGCUUAGUUAUUAUGAGCAGGAAGUCCAUUAUACUUCACUCAACACAGGAGGAAGCAACCUUGCUUUCCCUACCAACUGUCUCCAGCUCCAUGUACAGAUGAUAUUUUAUCUGCUCAAUAACAACACUGAGAAACACUUGAUUUUAUGUCAUUAAGUCAAAUAAAUGAGUGUAUAAGA